AUGCGCCGAGUGAUCGGUUGGAUGGAGGACCACGGGCUAGAUCUUGCCGCGGAAAAAACUGAAUUGGUAAUUAUAACCAAGAGAUAUAUAACCACGGAGAUACCAAUUGGACACUUGGGAAUCCGAAUGAAUAACAAGCUCUCCUACUGGGAGCAGAUAAUUCAAGCUGCAGAUAUAGCAGCAGCUGUGACGAUGGCUCUAAGUAGGAUAAUGGCUAAUGUGCACGGUCCGAGAGCAAGCAAACGCCGACUUUUAAUGACAGUGACACAGUCCAUCAUGCUAUAUGGGGCAGAAAUAUGGGCAGGUACGCUGAAUAAAAAAAAGUACUGUAAAAGAAUGGCAGCAGUUCAACAGAGAGGGGCACUCAGAAUAGCGAGCUCCUAUUGCACGGUAUCUAAGCCAGCGAUAUUAGUGAUCGCAGGAGUGCUUCUAAUUGACCUUCUGGCCCAGGAAAAAAGCUAG